AUGAAUUCAAUUGGGUUUCUAAAGCUGUCCGAGCUCGCUUUCAUCCCGUAUAGACACACAAACAAAGCAGCAGGCUUAGACCUAAGAUCACCAAUUAGGGUUACUAUUCCUGCAAAUGGGAGAGCUUGUGUGUUGUUAGAUCUAGCAGUUACACUCCCUGCCAAUUGUUAUGGCAGAAUUGCACCGAGAUCUGGUCUCGCGUUAAAAGAAUGUAUUGAUGUGGCAGGCGGAGUGAUUGAUGCGGAUUUCGCUGAGCCUGAGGUUAGCUUGAUUGAAGAUGAUGAUAAUGAUAAACCUUCAGUUCCAAAAAGAACCCAUGAGCCCAGUGUUAAGGUUUCCCUUAAGAGGAAAAGAAAUCGUUCACCAUCUCCAUCUGAGUCAUCUGAAGCAUCAUCGGGUGAUGAACAUUCCGAGGCUUCUGAUUCUGGAUCCGAAUCAGAUAACUCAGACAAGUUUGAUAGGUUGUUUGUUGAUGAGGAGACGGAAAAGGAGGAAGAAAAGGAGAAGGAGGAGAAAGAGAAGGAGAAAGAAAAGGAGGAGGAGAAGGAGGAGAAGGCGAUAGAGGAGGAGAAGGGGGAAGAAGAGGAGAAGAAAGAGAAGAAGGCGGAGAAGGUGGAGAAGAAAGAGAAGAAGGAAGAAAAUGAGAAGGAGUAG